GAUGGUUCAGUUUUUAAAUAUCAUCCAAAUUUUGAAAAAGUUAUGAAUGAAAAAAUUUUAGAAUUAGUUAAUCCGGGUGUUGAAUUUGAGCUAAUGUUAUCCGAAGAUGGUAGUGGACGUGGUGCUGCAUUAGUUGCUGCUGUUGCCGUUCGGCAACAAGAAGAAUUACGUAAACGUGGCCGUUAUCGUAAAAUAACACCGAUUCCUGAUUCAAUAAAACCAUUGGUCAAUGGUCAGACUACAAUCAACAACAACAACAACAAUAAUAAUAAUAAUCAAAAUACUGCAAGUGUGAAUUAGAAAACAAAACUAGAAAAAAUUCCCAGAAUUUGAAUCAAUUUUGAAAAAAUUUUUAAUUUUAUAAGGAUGUCAACGUGGCAUCCAAACAUCAUCGAUUAUCAUCAACCAU